CGGGCUCCUCCCCCGCCCUCCUGAGCUCAAAGUCCAGCGGGUGGGUGAGCAGGUGAAACCCUUCCUCCGACCGGCUGCGUGGGAAUUGGCUUCCUGGGCAGGAGAGAUGACUCCAGCCUGGAGACAUUUGCCAAGAGCUUUGCGCCUGGAGACUUCCUCACCCCGGACCCCCAAGACAUGCCCUUCCCUGAGCCGUGCUUUCUGGAGAUCUGUAACCAAGCUCGGUCUUCAUACGAAACCCAGAAUGCCUCCAUGUGACUUCACGCCUGAGAAGUACCAGUCCAUGCCCUACAGCCGCGUCCUGGAGGUCUACAGGGAGCACCUCUCCCCCGAGCUGGCGUACUUCCCGGAGCCUCUGCUGCUCCACCAGGGCCACAUGCAGUGGCUCUUCGACCACAAGGGAAACAGAUACCUGGACUUCUUCUCUGGGAUCGUCACCGUCAGUGUCGGCCACUGCCACCCGAAGGUGAACGCAGUGGCACAGAAGCAGCUGGGCCGCCUGUGGCACACAAGCGCCCUCUUCUUCCACCCACCCAUCCAUGAAUACGCAGAGAAGCUUUCGGCGCUUCUCCCAGACCCUCUAAAGGUCAUUUUCUUGAUGAACAGUGGCUCAGAAGCCAACGACCUAGCCAUGCUGAUGGCCAGAGCACACUCAAAGAACACAGACAUUAUUUCAUUCAGAGGAGCCUACCACGGAGGCAGUCCUUUCACAAUUGGCUUGUCAAACGUAGGGCAAUUCAAGAUGACACUCCCCAGCGGGGUGGGCUGCCAAUCAACAAUGUGCCCAGAUGUUUUCCGUGGUCCUUGGGGAGGAAGCCACUGUCGAGACUCUCCAGUGCAAACGAUUAGGAAAUGCAGCUGUGCACCAGACUGCUGCCAAGCUAAAGACCAGUAUAUCGAGCAGUUCAAAGAUACCCUCAGCACCUGUGUGGGCAAGUCAAUCGCUGGGUUUUUUGCAGAACCAAUCCAAGGGGUGAACGGGUUCGUCCAGUACCCCAAGGGGUUUCUGAAGGAGGCCUUCCAGCUGGUGCGGGAGCGAGGCGGCGUGUGCAUCGCAGACGAAGUGCAGACGGGAUUUGGAAGGUUGGGCUCUCACUUCUGGGGCUUCCAAACCCACGGCGUCCUGCCAGACAUCGUCACCAUGGCCAAAGGGAUUGGGAAUGGCUUUCCCAUGGCAGCAGUUGUGACAACGCCAGAGAUUGCCAAGUCUUUGGCUAAAUGUGUCCUGCACUUCAAUACUUUCGGAGGGAACCCCAUGGCCUGUGCCAUCGGAUCGGCCGUGCUUGAGGUACGUGCCAGCAGCCACAUGGACGUCACUCAUGUCACAAAACGACAACUUCAAAGCCACACACACAUCCUCAUAACUUUAUCACAUUAUCGCAUUAUUGGAGAGGAGGGCUAACUAUUAGUUCAUGAAUUAAAGUUAGAUUCCCAGAUUUUAUUAUAAUUACUAG